CAGAUCUUCUUUAUUUUAUCAUUCUAGGAGUUGAUAGAUCCCUAUAUCCUUCUAGACUCGAACUGUCUCGUGAACCGCUCCAAAUCGAAUCCCGAAAGGAGAUAGUUUUGACAGAUGCAUCAAUUUACAUACGGGCCUUUUUCGAAAACGUCAGUGUUUGGUACGCCGGUGUGAACCGGCAGACUUGGUUUCGGUACUACAUCACAGCUCCAUCUCUAUAGAAAUUUACAGGAAGGACCAGAAAGCUGUGUUGUCCUUUUGGUGCUGACACUAGGCCAUUCAAGUCAUCAUGGAAGCAUAUCAUGUCAGUCUCCAUAUAAAGAAGCACCCGGACUGUCAUAUUUUGUUGCUGCUUGGAACCUUUUGCCUGCUAUUAUGAUACGCAACUCCGUUCUUGCGGCUCAAUGCGUAAUCCUUGCGUCGGCUUAUCUCUACUAUCUGGCCAGGCCUCUAGAAGCCUGGACUUUGCUUUCGAACACCAGCUUGAAGUUGCAGGUGUUAGUCGGAAAACACUCUCUGGUUCCCAUCCAAUGGAAGGAACUCGGUACGAGAGUGUACUGGAACACGCUCCUGUUUGAAAGCGAUCUACUAGCGGAGCUAGAUCUGCUGCAUUCAGGAAUAGUGCUAUUUGAAGAGCUCAUUAAGCUUCCUAGGGGAUUUGAACAAGACGACGAUGACGAAGGGUGGGAGGACGGGGAAGGGCUUAACCUACACACGGGAGACAAACAUAUCAGCAUGGUGGUCAGUCGUGAUGAGCUCUGGCAUUUCUUGGCCGAAAUCGCUUUGAGACGACUACUUAACCGGGUCAGUCAUGGCGUUUAUCAGAAAGACAGUACCUUGACCCUUGCCUCACUAUGACCAAUUGCUUCGGAGCUGGAUUUCCAGCUUUCUCAAUGGUACGUGGGUCUUCCUCAACUGAUUCAGUUCCCCUUAUCCAGGGCCGAAGCUUCCGGCCCCGUUCAGACAGUAUUAAGGCUUCGAUAUUUCGCCUGUCGCACAAUUAUUUACUGGACUUACGCUUUGGCGGCAUUCCAUAAUG